UGCUUUCGCAUGCCAGAGUUUGUUUGAAUUGAUUUUCAUUGCAUACGAGAGAUUUGAGGCGUUAAUGACACUUGCCUGCCACUAAAAACACUUUUAAAAAAUAAUAAUACAAUAAGAAGCAUGACAUUUAUUGCAUUGCCAUAGGGAAAUUAAAAACCCCCAAAAUUAACUAGAGUCCAAGUAACUAUUAGCUCUUCAGAGCUAAUGUGUGAGUUAUAUACCCUGAAUGAGCACCAUAUGCCAGUUCAUUGUGGCACAGUGAGUCACAGGACACAUUGUGGAAAGCAAUAAUUGCUUGGCAUGCAUUGAAGCACUCAGUGAGGCUUUUUGUUUGGUUUUCUUAAAGGAAUAUUAAAAUGGGUAUUGUCUGAUAUGCUGCCACCAGGGACUGUUGCUUUUCCUGUUCUUAACCUGGAGCUUACCCAUUGUCACUCACCGUGACCCCCUCAGUAUCUUUUGCUUUCCAACUGCUUGUAUUGUAUGUGUGCAGCACCAGAAGAGUGAAGAGUGAGCCUUCCAUUUGGUAUCAACUUGUCAUUCUGUAUUAAUCCUCCUCUCCCUUUUCCUCCUCAUCUUCUUUCUUUGUCCAGUAGAGACAUUCAGAUUGUUUAUAUGGAAUAAAUGUUCAUCCUGAGCAGAAGCAGUGGGACAAGUUGCACAGGGACUGUACAGUCUCCACACUUGGCCAGAGCUUGACCAUCUAAAGCCAUCAGCAAGCCAGUCUGAUUUUGAUAUUGGCCCUUCUUUGAGCAGGAGGCUGGGCAAUGUGACCUCCAGAAAUGCCUUCUACCCUGAAUUACUUUAUGGUUCUGUUUAAUGCCCACUUCCUUUACUGAUUCAGCCAUAGUGCUGUGCAUGCCAUUAACUCCUCACUCCCUGUCAUUCAUGCCUGUAUAGAACAGGAGCAAAGGUCAGUGAGGUGACAGAGGUUUUACUUACAUGGGAACAAUAUCAAGAUGUAAACAAUGACCUCAGAUGAGCUUUGUUGGUGAAAUUUGGAUAUCUCUGAAAUUAUUUGGAAUUUGUUGCAGGAUUUCUCUUGAGUUCUCUUCAAAUCUUCAGUAAGUUCCAACUGAAGUAAUCAAUUGAGGAGUAUAAAGCAUAAUUAUAACAGGAUUAUAAGUAUUUAAAAGCAAAUAUCACUAUUUUUUCCCUUUUCAGUGACAAAUCUUAUUCUCUAGCAGCCUUGAAGAGAGCUUUGGGGUAUUUAGGAUUUAGUGAGCCACCAACUGCCCUGGCCGGGCCGUUACGUGCUGGUUUCCUCAUGCGGCCGUAACCACGUGAGGGAGUUAAUGCUGCACAGAGCAUCUGCUCCUCAGCUCAAGGCCCUCCCAGCCCUGCAGCUGUCUGCCAGAAAGCUGGGACGUGCACAGGGGCAUCUGCGAGCUCCAUCGGGUAGCAAAUUUUCAUGGUCAGCCCAUAUGUUAGCCAAAAAAACGCCCUUCAUCAGAACAAUGUUAUUUUACUUGUGCUGAGAGAAAGCAAGAUCACACUCAGAUUCACCAUAUCAGCCUAGGGGAUUUUGAACAAUGAUGUAGCUAUUCUAAUGCAAAAAAAACCCAAAAAAAACCCCUUCUAAAACUCCCUUGGUGGGAAAAAAAAUGGGAAUAUUUCAUAGGGUUUCUUUUUCAAGUCUGACAAGAUAAGAUACUUUCUCUCCAUCUCUCUACUUUAUCAACAAGCAGUAUAUUGCUUAUGUAAACACCUGGUUUCCCAUCAGGUUCUGUCAAAAGUAAAGUUUACAAAUGGGGCUACCAUAGUGGAUUGAAGAAGGACUAAAUAGGAGCAACCAAAAGCUUUUUUUGUCCCUUUUUAUACAAGACAAGAUUCUAAAAUCAAGAUUUUUGCUUUCAUUGCUGCCCUCCCUUUUCUGUAACCACAUAAAUACUCUCACCUCAUACAGAUCCUGCUUAAAUGAUGCAGGGUACUGCUCUUUAAGUGUGAAAAAGGUUUUGUGCCUGGUAGAGGGAAUAUAGAAUGGGAGAUACUGUUGCUCAGUAGGGUUGAAGUUCCCUUCUCCACUGCUUUUUGUGCAGUACACAAGCAGUAGGUUACUAGUCAAAUUUCAUGGACAGAUAGUAUCCAAAUGUGGAACUUCAAGCACUACAUUUGACUUUGAAUCACCUAGGUGAUUUCUCCUUCUGUAAAGCUAUCACAAGUUCAUGUAGCUCUUGCAAAAGUCACCUCCAAAAAUUCAGACAAGUCAACCAAAGGAAGUCUCUCACUUUCUGCCAUUACUUUGCAUGCAAAGUGGUUUUGUUACUAUCUCAGCAGCUUGUCAGGUGCCUGUUGUUUAAAGUGGAACUGCAAACAAUUUCCCACCUGUCCAUUAUUAACUUUUGCAUAAGAAAACCAAGUAGUGAAAAGUAAUUGUAGUCAUGAUGAAGACAGCUUUAGCUAAUAAAGUUAAUGUGCCAUAUUGGUAUCCUAUUUAAGUGUGUUCAAAAGAUGAAAUUGCACUAAGAAAAAUCCUCGGACGGUAACAGGAGCAAGUUCAGUUUAUAGUAGUCAGGCCAGGACUAUAAAAGCAACCUGCAAUGAAACCAUCAGCUAGCAUUUGUUUGAAAAGAUAAGACGAGGUGGAGAAAAAUACUCAGGCUGUUCACAUAUUGUCAUGCUGUAUUUGGGGAAGCUUACCUGCAAAAGCCAACAGAAAAACAAGUAAACAAGUACCUGUAGCCUGUGGGAUUGACCCUGGUAGGAAGAUGGGACUGCAGAUACUUGUGUCUUGUAUUGGAGUCAGCCUUUGCUCUAAUACAAUUCCCUUUGGAGGCUGCAAUUCGAGAGUGAAUUCUGUGGGGCUUUUGUCCCAGUAGUGUGUGAGCCCAGGGUUUUGUUCCUGCUUGGUGAGUGCUCUGCACUUUGCAGACCAUGGUAUGCAGAAGUGGUUUAUGUGUUAGUUUCCUUGGAAAAGUGAAGUAUUUGUUCUGGCACUGUUUGGUUUUCAUAUCUCUUGACAUAAAAAUGAGCACAGCUCUCGGUCUGUGAAAGCAAAUGUCAGAGACCCAUGGCAAAACUGAACUGAAAAUACACCUCUGGUUGGGAAUCAGUCUGAAACACAUGGUAUUUAAAAGCAUGGUGGUUUAGUGGUCAGUACCAAAGGUUCUAUUUGCAACUCAGAACUUUAUUUAUUUAUUUUGCUGAAAUAAUGCCCAUUGCAAGGCCUGUAGGACAUAGUGGUAUUCCUUCUCAAAUGUCCUCCAUGAGCACAGUGAGUGGCUCUGGGCAGCCAGGGAAAUUGAGAGGACGGGGCUGCAGCUGGAGACAGAGCCAAGGCUGUUCUGGGAUUAAACAAAACAUGCCAUUGUCCGACCGUGCAAGCCAGCACCUGGCACCAGCUGCAGGAGAGCAAAUAAAUAUCAUAGUAGCUACAGAGCUUCACUUUUUUGUGUGCGAAAAUCUAUGUUUCACCAAUCUGUUUUGCAAAGUUGUGCUCUCCCUGAGCUUGUUCAUCAGCUUUGCCACUUCUUCUUUUUGCACGUCUCCUGCAGACCCGCCCGCGCUGCUGCGCUGCCGUGUCAGUGGUUUCAAUUUCAUUUCCUGUGCAAAGCUUCAUACGCCUAAAGUUUUUGUUCCCUUUUUUUUUUCUUGUUUUUGCUUGAAGGAAAGAAAACAACAACAGUAAAUUAAACCUCAAGGUGCUUAGGAAAUCUCUGUGGCUGAAGGCCUGUGAGAAGAGGUGCACUGGCAGAGCACCCCAGUCACCUGGGUACCCUGGUUCAUCAGCAAAGGGUCGAUACUCCACUUCUUAAAAGAUUACAGCUCAUUUCUGUCACCGAGUCGUAUUUUUGCUGAUAUUUACUGCCAUCAUGGAGGAGAAGUCAAGGCUAAAAUCAAAAGUAGCUCACUCUCACCAUUAGGUUUUAGUGCUCAUGGCCCAGCCCUCAGGGCUUUGUAACCUGCUCAGGUUUUAUAGCCCUGUAAUGGGACUAACACUGCGGAUCGCGUGCGUGUAAUAGCUGUUUUCCUGGUGCAGGUUGGCUGGCUGCUUUCCACCCACAGUGCCGUGUUGCACAACUCUUCCUUCCAUUAAUGUACUCUAGAAAAAAAAAAAAAAUCAGGUGUUGGGCAGAUGGGGCACGGGAACAAAGAAGAAGAAAGGAUUGUUCCCUUCCAGUGAUGGUGUGGGGAUCUAGAUUUCUGGGAAUAAGGUACUGUAUGACAUGUUUGUACAGCUGCCACAGGUGGGAUAAAAAUCUGUCCUCAGUUAUUGUUUAAGAUGAAUGGAUAGAGGCAGUGAAAACACAACUCUGGCUUUGUGUGGAGGUGGCCUAGGCAGGUAUGGCAGCAGCUGAUCAAAGCCAUUGCUGGGUAUAGAAGACUCUACUUGUUUCUCCAAAAAUGUAUAAUCUUACACAUCCAUCUGUUUUUUACUUAGUUAGAAAACAUAAUGAAAAAAUACAGUAUUCCUCAAUUGUGAGAAUGCCCUGAACAUUAGCAUUGGUAAACUCAGUUAAUUUAAGGCUAAAUUUAGAAUCAGCAUGAAAGAAAAAGCAGGUGAGGGUGAAAUGAUUUAUCUCCAAGAAAAAACUACUUUGAUAUAAUGAAUUCAUAUGUUUUAUUGCACAUUUGCCUCUCUAAAUUACUACUUUAUUGUUUCUCUUCCCUGCACGGGGGCAGUGCUCCAUUACUGUAGCAUGGAAAUUGCUGUCUGACAUUAUCAUGUGUUGCAAGUGCCUUCAGAAGUGUCACAUAGGAUCAAUACACUAUUAAUCACAUGCAAAAAAUUCAAUAGGUACAGUGCAUACCACUGACUGAGUUCAUAAGCUUUAGGGGGUUUGCCUUUUUAUACAGCAGGAUGAAGGACAUCCCUUAAUUGAUUUUGAUGUGGUUUAUUUGUGGCAAUAGAAAUUACUUAAUUGACACCAGGGGUUGAUAGAGAAUUGCAAUCCAUUCAGAUGCAGACCUUCAGAACUGAAAGUAAAAUACAACAAUUCUUGUUCCCUUGGUCAGAAGGUGUAUAACUUCAGGGUACAAGGAGGCUGAAGAGUUGAGGAUGUGCACAGCUUGUUGAAUCUUCUUCAACAAUGCCCAUCUUGCUUGGAAAACCGUCAGCUUGCUACACCACAUGGAUAGAAUGCAUUUUGUUAAGGGCCCUCUCUUAAGUUCAAAGAGGUGGUGUCACCCAGAGAAGUCAUGGUUUUCCACUUUCACAGUGGGUGUAGAGCAGGGGGAGCAGGCAGGGAUGGCAGUGAGAAGCUGGUGCUUCUUUCCAGCCUGUUGACAGUCAGGAGGCUGUGAGCUGGCACACCCAGAGGCAUUAAAUUGGGUCAGCAGUUGGCUUCACGUGAGCAAACCCAAGUUUUAACUGGUUGUUCUCCUGCACAGAGUUACCAGCAGUUUCCCCUCAGUCUCUGCCUCUGCCAACUCCUCUCUCCUUCCCCUUGGUUAUCUUUGCCAGAGCAACCCCUGGGCUUGCUUCUCUGAGGAGGGGACACAGCGGGAGCACCAUGGCUCUCCAGGCAGGACACUUGGGGUCCAGGAGACACUGUGCAAUCCCACAGGGGAUUUCAGUAGGACAGAGUCAUAACUGGUGUGGCUCAGUGUGCCAGACCUCCACUGCAUCUCAUGCUUCUCCCUACUGACUGCCAGGACUGCCCUGUGCCAUCUCCAGGGGAAUCGGGCUCCAUCUCUGAGGCUGGAGAAGCAUCAUCUUUGCCUCAGCCCCUGUUUAGGGUCAGGGUCAUGCUCCCUCUGAAAUCCAUUGGAAUUUGUGGGUGUUCAUUUUCCUCCUUUCCACCCCACACAACGGAAAAGGAGUUUUUCAUUUCCUCCUGUUCCGGGUUUAGUUGUAACUGCUUUGUUCUUUGACAUAAAUAAGUAGAACAAAAUGAGCAUCGAAAAUAUUAUGUGACUGCAGAUUUUCUGCUGCUGAAAUCUGAGCAAAGAUGCAGGAUUUUAUAACAGCUCGGUGCUGUGACAUGGUGCCUAUUUGAAGCAUUUGAAGAACAUGAAUGGAAACAGCAGCAAGAAAAAAAAGCAUGUAGGGAAAAAAGAUACCUUUUGUCCAGACCCCAACUGAUGAAAAAGAAAUUGCAUUAAGCCCUGGGCUUUUCUUUUAGAGUAGGCUUCAGCUUUAUAAAGAAGUUCAUUUUCCUCCUAGAUAAUUUUCAGUAGCAGAUUUUCCAGUCAGUCUUAGAAGACUUAAAAAAAGCAUCACAGUGAAAGAAAAAGAAAUGAUGAAGAAGUGAGAAGGGAGAUGGAGAAAGUUGGAGCAAAAACUAAGAAGAAAGGACAAAUGGAUUCUAGGGUUUAAAUAACAGCCCAAACCCAGGGAAAAGUAUACAGAAAAAGAGGAAUCCAUUAAAAGACAGAACAGUGAGCUGCAGUUCAGAGAAUUUUUAGGGGCAGUUUUUAAGAGGAAGAGAGGCAGUGUGUGCAGUAAAGAGAGUGGUAUUAUUUUUCAGAAAUUGUAGGUAUCUUGUUCAAUGAAGCAGAAUGAACUUGCAUAUGAAUUAGGGACAAUAAGUGAAGUCAGGUGCUCCUUUGAUACUGGUGGGGCAUUGAGGGCUGGCAGACAUAAAGGCUUUUUUUCCCUCCAGAUCUGAAAGACUUGCACUGCAGCCAUGAGUUUGAUCAAGGGGCUGUUUAUUUUAAUCAUGUAUCGAUUGGCUUAACCACACUGCCCUGGGAGGGAGGGAGAGCUGUCAACAUCAAGAAUUACAGCUUUCAAAGUUCCAAGUAAUCCUAGGAAAUGAGCCAAACAUAAUAAAUGCAGUUUUAUUUGGGACCUGAUCCUACUACUGUUGAAAUCAAUAGCAGUUUUUCCACUGUUCUCAAUGAAAGUGGAAGCUGCUUAUUUGAAGACCAGCUCUGAUCCAGCAAUCAGGGCAUCUAAUUCUGAAAUAUUCAUGAAUGUGAAUGAAAAAUAAUAAUAAUUUUUUAAAGAGCCAACCCACAAAUAGAUUGGCAGUUCUAGGAAAGCUCAGUUUUUAAGGGAAUAAAAUUGAUUUCUAUUUGCAGAACACAAAAUAAAUGACAGAAAAAUAAGAGAGAUGGCAAUGUCUAAAGAAGCAGUGAGCUUAAACGGGGUUAGAAGAAUUAAUUAUAAUGUGAUAAACUGAUGUCUUUCAAAAGUCAUUGAGGCAGAAAAGGAUCAGAGAGUCCUGAGAAGCUCAAGAUAUGCAUUCUGCACAGGCUGAACUUACUAGAGAAGCUUUGAAAGCAGAAGUAAUGAUGAUACAUAUCAUAUUGCAAAAAUAAUCCAUAAAAUUAGUGAUACAGCCAUACAGUCAUUCUUCAAGCAACAUUCCCAUCAAGGUGAAAGGCACUCUGAAUGUGUACUUUGCUUUUAGUUUUCCAACAGAAAGAGAAGCAAGAAAAAAAAAACAUUCAGUUACCACUCUAGUCAACAAUUCAGUAUACUGAAUCUUUAAUCAAAGUUUAUAUGCAUUGGCCAAAAAAGAAGCAUUUGCUUUGCUGUGGUUUCUGAUGUUCAGAUGCAAGACAGGGCAUGCAUUUUAGCAUGUGUAAAUAUUUACAAACACAUAUCUGUGUUCAGGCAGACUUUGAUUUUCCCAUUUCCAUCAGCAUUUGGAAAAAUACUGUUUGAAAGAUUUGAUUUUUAUUAACUAUUAAAUGAGGUGGCAUCUGUGAUGUGCUUGUCCUCGAGGCUCCUCCUGGAAGGUGUUGCUGUGCAUCGGUCACUCGUCUUUGGCUGUAAGAAGCUUGGAGGGGAUCAUUACUGUAAUCCCAAAGCAAAUACUGAACACAGUGUAUUUUCAGAUGUGUAAUCCAUGGGUCGUCUGACAAAAAAAGUCAGUAGUUCAGCAGUAUUGGGAGUUGUGUCUGUUUUGACAACCAGCAGGUCCUGGCUGUGCUGGCAGCCUUCCCUCAUGGCCAUCGCUCACCGUCUGCCCUGUCUGUGCAGCGCCUGCCCCUUCCUCUACCCCUUAUUUUUUUCUGCGUGUUAUGAGGGAUUACAUUUCAAUGCCAGUAUUUUUUAAAGGGUAUGGGUUAUCUGAGGUGCAGACUCUACGUGUGAAGAUCUCAUAGCUGUAGCCCAGGGGAUGGCCCAAGCCAAGCUGGCUGUGAAAGCACUCCUCUUAUGGAGAUAUUUUCACCUGUGCAUCAAAGACUGAUCAAUUAUGGGAGGCAGCCAGAGAGCCUGGGUUAUUGCAGGGUAUUUCACCUGAUGAAAUUUGUGCAAGGCACAGACACGUGACUCUCCUGUGGAAGGGCCUCCUGGCCACACCAGUGUGCAGAUACUUGAGAAGUGCAAAGUGCCCAUGCUUGAUCCCUUGUUCUGUUUUUCCAUAGUUUACCAGCAUCGAUUUGAUAAUUGAUUACUCCAUCCUCAGUUAAUGAGGGUUUGUAUGUGAGAGCAGUUCUGGGCCUGGCCCCGUCUGGAUUUUUUCUCCCCUUGCUCUUGCAGUGUGACUGGGCUCGGCCUAGGGGCACACCAUAAAUAGCAGGCUUGACUGCUGCUUUUUAUUUAUCCAUAUUGAGUUCAUCAGAUGAAGCCAAAGCUUCCUGGGGCCAUCUGAAGCUUCCUGGAGGGGGUACUCUCACAGUCAGAUGUGGCUCCUGGAAGGCAGACGUGUGUCUCUGGGAGGCAGACGUAUGCCUCAGACUUGGAUCGCUCCUUUUGGACUGUGUGGUUGCAAGAGCAUUUUUUCACAAUAUAUUUCCUUGGGGGAAUCUGAUGGACUUAGAUCUCGGAUACCAUCCCUACUAAGUGAUACAGUAAAAAUAACCUAUUAUUCUCUGCUUCUGACCUGGGCGGUGACAACAUAUUGUUUCAGCAUCUCUGUCAGACUAUUUCCCUUAAGAGCCAUUUUAGCCUCACCCAGUGGGACAUAGCUAAAGGAAAUGAAACUCCAACCCCAUUAAGGAAAAAGACAAUGCCUUUCACUAAACAAACUUACUUUUCUUGGCUUUUCUUCACCAGGGAGAAUCGCCCGUACCCCCCACCCUUGCAGCCUUUGUAGACAGUUCCUGUAAUUGGGAAUGGCUGGGUGGACACCAAUGGUUGGCAGCAGAGGGGGAUAAAUCCGACAUCCCUUGAACGUGACACGGGCUGGGACCGCAGUCCCAGGUGGCCGCUUAGUGGCAGUUCCUGUGGUACUGGUGGACUGUACGUGCCUGCCAGCCACAGCUGCCGGUCCUCCAGACACAAUUGGGAUUUUAGCAAGUCUGUACACAGUAAAGCUGGGCUGUUACUGAUUUUGUGCAAGCCUUGGAUAGGUAGUGUGUCCCACUAAUGAGAGCUGGUGACUUGCACCGAAGUUCUGGUGCACAUUUCCUGCCACCCAUACAGUGAAACAAGCCCAAAAGGAAGCAUGACCUUGAGGGUUCAUGGACUAAGGGACAGAUCACGAUCUGUCACCACACUCCAGCUAAGGCUGAAGCAUAAUUUACACUUACUAAUUAGGUUUUUAAGCACAGUCAUUAAUUUAGGGUAUCUUGAGACAAAUUAAAGAUCCCUUUUUAUAACGCAGUUCCACUCAGUUACAAAGAAAGAGUCUGGAAAGGCAUCACUUCACAUUUGUGUGCUGCUAAUUGGGACAAACCAUAGGGUGAUCACCUUGUCCCAGGGAGAGUCAGGGUUUACAGAAUGCAAUCAACUGGUCAGCCUUCCAAACUCUGGGUAGAGCUGACUAACACCUGGGUCAAAGUAAAUCCGCGGGCAAGAGGAUUAGAGCUGGCAGAGAAAUAAAGAACUCUGUGUCACGAGAUAAAAGUAGAGUGCAAAAAAUUGCAAUCCUGAAGAGUUUUUAAUCUUCGAGGUGGCUAAUGCUGCAGGUCUCCUUAGGUUUUUUUAUAUAAGGGGAGCCUGUGUUCCCAAUGGUCUGUUUCGGGGUAUUUCCAGUAUCAGUCUCCACGGAGAGCAGUUAAGCUCCUAUUUCAAACCCAGUCCUACAGGGAUCUGUAAAUCUUUAUAUCUCUGUGCCCUCUUAAGCAGGUUUAUGGCUGUCCCACCAGUUCACCAAAAAACUGCGUGAAAAAAAGAGCAUAUCCUAAACACUAGGUGUGAGCCUCUCUCUUUUGCACGCUUUCUCCCUCGGCUGAUGAGUGUUUCAAUAACCCCUGUGAAGAGCAGCUUCCCUGAGACGAUCCAAAUGCCCUCCAUUCCUCAGCCCAGAAUAGCCUGUUGCCUGAUGGGUAUGACAUGCUCCAGCAAGAUGAAAGAUAGGGAUUCAAGGAGCACAAAUAGCAAAAGAAAGCAAAUAUGAGCUUUCUCCAUACCUGGUAGCUGUUGCAGAGAGAGCAGGACAUCAACCACCUCUUUGAAGAAAAGCAGUAAUGUCCACUUUUUUUUUCUCCCUCAAGAGAGGUCUCCAGGAGUUUAUGCAGGAUGGUGCCUGUUUGGGGCUUGGUGUGAGAUGCAGGUUUCUCAGGGAGGUUAAGGCUGUUGUGAAUCCCUUUUAGAGGCACCUCCAUUAAUCUCCAUUCGUGAUACUCCACUCAAGUUAGCUACUGUCAAUUAAGCCCAAAAGCACCUAAGUGCCUAAAGAUUGUUGCAGAGCUGGCCCUACCAUUUUUAUUCUGUUAGUGCUUUAUCUCAUACCAUGUCUCUAACAGUAGCCAACAGGAGCUAUGUUGGUGGAACAUGUCCUGCCUUCAUCGCCAUGCAGUGGUGAUGGUCCAUCACCCUGAGAUUGACUUUUUCCUUCUGUGAGCUCUCUCUGCUGUUGAUCACGAGGUAUUGCAGUGCCCGUGUCACCCAGCACUCACCAGUGCCCUGGUUUAAAAACCAAUAGAAAGUCAUAAUGAUUAACGUUGUGGAGAUUAAAGUCCCUCUUUAGAUCAUGGCCUGAUAGGCAGCUGCUAUCACAGUGCCUGCUUUGGAAGGCCACCAGUGUGCCAGUGGGGUGAGCGUGGAGCUGCUGUGGUUUAUGGCUGUGUUAGCCCUCUGAAACUUUCCGUGGUGUAUGGAAAGCAUUGCAGAAAGCAGAAAUAUGGCAACAAAGGAAAAGCUUCAGUGCUUGAAAGAUUUCCACAAGGACAUCCUCAAACCUUCCCCUGGCAAGAGCCCGGGGACACGGCCUGAGGAUGAGGCUGAGGGAAAGCCACCGCAGCGGGAGAAGUGGGCGAGCAAGAUCGACUUCCUGCUGUCCGUGGCGGGGGGAUUCAUCGGUUUGGGCAACGUCUGGCGGUUCCCGUAUCUCUGCUACAAAAAUGGCGGAGGUGCAUUUCUUAUACCUUAUUUCAUUUUCCUGUUUGGGGGAGGUCUUCCCGUGUUUUUCCUGGAGGUGGUGCUAGGACAGUAUACCUCCGAAGGUGGAAUUACAUGCUGGGAAAAGAUCUGCCCUAUUUUCACUGGAAUUGGUUAUGCUUCCAUAGUGAUUGUGUCCCUUCUGAAUGUGUACUACAUCGUGAUCCUGGCCUGGGGACUCUACUACCUGUUCCAGUCGUUCCAGAGCGUCCUGCCAUGGGCACACUGCCACCAGAAGUGGAACACGCCCACCUGUGUGGAAGACACUCUCAGGAAGAACAAAACGCUCUGGAUAUCGCUGAAUGCCACUAACUUCACCUCUCCUGUCACAGAGUUUUGGGAGCGCAAUGUGCUGAGCUUGUCCUCGGGAAUCGAAGAUAUUGGUAUUAUCAAGUGGGAUCUAGCACUGUGUCUCCUCCUUGUCUGGGUGAUAUGUUUCUUCUGCAUUUGGAAAGGAGUCAAAUCCACUGGGAAGGUAGUGUACAUCACUGCCACAUUCCCAUUCAUCAUGCUCCUUGUUCUACUCAUCCGUGGUGUGACCCUGCCUGGAGCUGCAGAAGGCAUCAAGUUUUAUCUUUACCCUGAUAUCUCACGGUUAGCUGACCCACAGGUCUGGAUAGAUGCAGGGACACAAAUCUUCUUCUCAUAUGCAAUCUGCUUAGGAGCAAUGACUUCCCUGGGGAGCUACAACAAGUACAAAUACAACUGCUAUAGGGACUGUUUGCUGCUGGGAUGCCUGAACAGUGGUACCAGUUUUGUGUCUGGCUUCGCAAUUUUUUCCGUCCUGGGCUUCAUGGCACAAGAGCAAGGGGUGAACAUUGCUGAUGUGGCAGAGUCAGGUCCAGGCCUGGCCUUCAUUGCCUACCCAAAAGCUGUGUCCAUGAUGCCACUGCCCACCUUUUGGGCAAUCCUUUUUUUUAUUAUGCUUCUGUUGCUUGGACUGGAUAGCCAGUUUGUUGAAGUUGAAGGACAGAUCACGUCAUUAGUUGAUCUGCACCCAUCCUUCCUAAGGAAGGGUUACCGACGGGAAAUCUUCAUCGCCAUAGUGUGUUUCCUUAGCUAUCUUCUGGGACUAACUAUGGUGACUGAGGGUGGCAUGUAUGUUUUUCAACUCUUUGACUACUAUGCAGCUAGUGGUGUAUGCCUUUUGUGGGUUGCAUUCUUUGAAUGUAUUGCUGUAGCCUGGGUUUAUGGCGCUGAUAAUAUUUAUGAUGCCAUUGAGGAUAUGAUUGGAUACAGACCUGGUCCCUGGAUGAAGUGGAGCUGGAUUGUGAUCACACCAGUUCUCUGCGUGGGGUGCUUUAUCUUUUCUUUGGCCAAGUAUAAACCACUGACCUACAACAAGGUCUACACAUACCCAGACUGGGCAAUUGGCCUGGGCUGGGUUCUUGCCCUUUCCUCCAUGAUCUGCAUCCCUAUGGUGAUGGUCAUCCGCAUCAUUCGGUCAGAUGGGUCACUCAUUGAGAGGAUAAAGGCGGUGGCUGCCCCCAAGGAAGUGAAUCGAUGGUCCAAGGAGACGGAGAGUGGCACCCCCUUCUGCCCCAAUGGAACUUCGAAUGGCGGAUUGAUCAAGCCAACUCAUAUCAUUGUGGAAACCAUGAUGUGAGCUCUCUCUGUGAGAGGAUAAACCUGCUUUAACUGCCGUUUACUAACCAUAGAUUCUCAUAGGACCAGGUUUACAGAGCUUUAUAUUUGCACUAGGAUUUAUUUUUAUUUCUCACAGAGAAAGUUAUUUUUUGUGUGUUGGUUUUUUUUUUUAAUAUUUUGUAAGGUAAUCACAGCAGACGUCUCUCUGUAGAGGGAGAGCUUUCAUAUCAGACUAGACAUAUUACAAGAAUUUACUAUUAUUGGGUUUUUUUAAAUAUAUAUAUCUUUAUCUCUAAAUAUUAUACACCUUACCACUUGAAUUGAUUGUCUUGCCAGCAAUACAUUCAAGUCUCAGAAAGCAAUUUUAGGUGCUGGUAUGGUUGGGAGCAGGGUAAUCUACAGAACACACAAAAGGAGCUCUGUUGUGAGAUACAUUUUUUUUAAAAAAUGCCGUUUCAAGAGAAUUUUCAAAGGUGUAGUGUUUCCACCCUCUGGUUCAGCUGUGGUAAACGACAGGUGUCAGGGUCACUUUGGGGAGUGGGUUCAGUUUUUAGUGCAGUCCCUGGUAAGGACAUCGCCAAGCAGCUGGAGUGGAGGGGUUGCAAGGGAUGCAGAGAAGCUGGAUGUGAACAGUAUUGUGGCUGUACCUCCCAGGGACAGCACUGGGACCCUGUCACACCCACUGAAGAGAACUUGGGGAAGGCGUUUGAGGGAUUUGGCAUGGUUCAGUCUUGUUUUGUUGUUUUUAAAUUUUUUGAGGUUUUUUUUAACAUAAGUGAAGUGCCUGCUGUUUGUGUGUGAGCAGGGAGGUUGGGUACCUGCUCCUGAGUUUUCCAGCAAACCAUAUUUUGGUGUGGUGGCACUGGUGUAAACUUGAAUUCUGCAAACUGGGAGGGCAGCCUGUCCCCAGGGCAGCAGGGAUGAGCGCAGAGCAGGCAAGAGAGGAAAAGCAGCACCUGCUCUCUGGGUGCUUAAGGUGUUUGCUUCCUCAUUUGGACUUUGGUUUGGGUGGGAAAAUAAAGGAAUCACUUCUGGACUCUGACUGUCCAGAGGUGAACACAAACCAGGUCAUCCCUGAGAGGAGGAACAAAACCACUCACCUGGUGUAACUGGUAUUGAUAACAGACACAUUGUUAAUAAUAAUAGUAAUGAUGAUAAUAAUAUCACAGCAAACAGGUGCUUUUCAUCCAUGUAUCUCAAAAAUGCUUUUCCAAGUUCAGUAACCAGGAUUUGCUUUAUUUAUUUAUUUAGGGGAGGGAGGUCAUUGCUGUUGGAGGAGCAGACAAAAGGACUAAGUGAGUCCCUUGUCCCAUGUUACUAAAUAGCAGUAGUGGACCUAGAGGCCCCAGUUUCCUUGCUCAUCAUUGGAUUAACCCAUUAUUUUAUUUUAUUUUACUUUAUUUUAUUCUAUUUUAUUUUAUUUUUAAGGGGGCUGGAGGGUGGCAAACAUAUUUAUGAUUCUUAUCUGCUGAAGAGUCAGGGCUCUUUGGAAUUUAAAUUAAAGCAAAGGGAACACAUAACACUGAAAUAUUUUGUGUUGAUCAGAAGGAAUUGGGUACCAUUCCAGGUGAGACUGGGAAGUGAAGAGAAACCCCCACAAGGAGUACAGGGAUGGGGGAUCCACUUCAUGUAAUGCAGGUGAAUGUUUCUGUGGGGAAUUGAAUCCCUGAAAACUGUCCAAAACAUGGACAAAAGCCUUUUUAUUAUUUUUUCUUGCUUUUCUGCCUUUUUUUUUUCAACUUGAGCAGGUUGUGCUGGGAACGGGUUCUCUGGCAAAACUCAGCCUUGUCAUGUGGGCAUUGUAUUCGAGGGAGACAGGUUUUUUUCUUAUAAUACCACGGGUAGUCUAUCCAAAGGUAUUUAGAAGAAAUACUUGAUAAAAGCAGAGUUUGUAUCUGCUUAUUCUGUUUUAAGCUUAGUCUGUCAAGGCAGAGGUUGUCACUUAUUUAAACAGGAACAUAAACAGUUCUUAACAUUCCUACACAGUAGCUUUAUCUCAUUUUUUCUUGUCCCAUGUGCUAACUGGCCACAGCAGCACAAACAUUUCUUAACUUGUUGGUUUCCCUGUAACAGAAGCAGGGAGAUGUAAAACUAAGAGAUGGACCAAAAUAAUUAUUAAUUAUUAAAGCAAAACAUCGCUGCAUCUAUAACUUCCAAAUCUUUCUAGUUUGAAUUUGUAGAUACUUUUACAACAGAGAGCUGAGUUGCAGCAACAAAACCAGCCAUGGUAGAGUUAUGUUUUCUUUUUUCUCAUUGCUGUGUUAUGAGAGUUCUGAAGGAAAUUUUUGCAUAGCUGGAGAUGGCAAACAUCUAAAUGACACCUGCUGGGCAGUAGCAGAAACCACCCAAGCUUACAGGAGGAAUUCUGAGAGCCAGUGGGUGUCAUCAAAUAUGCCCAAAAUAAAGGAAUAUGCAUGCAGCAGUUUUAUUUUUUUAACAAUCGAGGGCAAGGAAAUGUAACCAAAACCACUCUCUUAGUGGGCUUCAGCUUGGACUCUCAUUUUUGAGUUACAGUCAGUGUCUGCAGUAAACAGACACGGGUGAAGAGGAAGUAGAAGGUUAAGGGGGUCUAAAUUAAUGUUUUUGUGAGGGCAGAUGAAACACUGAUGCUUGAUUUAUUUCUUUUAUAUAUAUAUAUAUAUAUAUAUAUAUAUAUAUAUACACAUACAUUGUCAUCCAACUGUGUUUGAGAUUAUAUAGUUUGCACAUGACUUUUGUGCUAUAGAGCUGAGACAAGCUUUAGUUAGGGAAAAAAUGGUUUGGCUACAUCAAAGAUGUCUCCAGCAAGUCAGCUGGGGGUUCAGGCAUCUCCCGUGUUGUGGAGAGUGUCUUAGUGGGAAGAACCAGAGGAAUAAUACUACACCUUUCAAAAUACAACUACCAGAGAAUAGAACCCAGCCCCAUUUCAGUACGAACUGUGCCAUUCAAAUCAGUUGCUUCCAUGUUCCAAGUGAAAAGGUCUCGCACAUAUGCAACAACCUCACUGAAGAUUCUCUGUGUCAGCCUCCCUGGCCCUGCUGUGCUCUUCAGCACAACUGCAGGGGAGGGCUGGGACUCACCAAGAGCCAAGAAAUCAUUGUUUCUGGAAAACAGUUCUCCUCUCCCUCCUCCCUUCCCUGAAAAAAAAAUGUACUUAAUUCUUGUUUUAUCUGGGGUUUGAGUUCCAGUGAGCACAUUUGCAUUUUUACAGUUUGGGGUUUUUACCUAACAAUUUUAUCAGAUUUCUAAACUUUUCUUGGUGAUUAAUUUGCAUUUCAACAUGAUCCUCUGCCAAAUUUAUUAAAACAUAAUUUUUAAAAAAAAAGUUUGUGUUUUCUACCUAUUUUGACUGCAAAGACAACUGAUUUUUUUUCCAAUAUUUACUUGUUACUCUUAUGACAUAUUUUACCUGUUUUGUGUAAAUGAGGAACUCUCUGUAAAGCAUCAUGACUAGUUAUAGAUGAACUGGUUUGGAUCUGGGAAAACAGUGCAGUUUUGGCAUAAGAUCUUUCGAACCAGAUCCCUGAGAUUUAAGCCAGCAUAAACCAAGACAACACGCACACCUUUUCAUGUUUCAUGUAUCUUUGUAUUCAUGGGGUCUUCUGGGCUUGAAAACAGCAGAGUUUCAGCAGUAUUUAUUUCCAGCUGAACUGAAAUCAAGAGAUAGUAGAAAUGUAAAGGGGAACAUUUCCCCGUGAGAUUUUUCUGAUCUAUUUCUUAUUUUUCUCAAUUUUCCAAACCUUUUCAGUUCACCUGUCACUAGUGAUGAUCUCUCUGAAUGAGUAUCUAUUCUAAGGGACUUUACCAGUAGUCUGUAUCUCAGUGUUUAAACAGUAUGAUUUCAUAAAUAGAACUGGUUUUUUAUUGUUGUUGUUGUUAUUAUUCUAUUUUUCCUUCUCAUCUAUAGCUUUCCUUUUCAUCUGGUCCAAACAGAUCCAUACACUUAGAAAAGUCCUCUUUCAAGUUUGAGAUAGUAGGUCCACAAUGGAUUUGUUCUUGUGUUGUAAAUGAAAAUACAAGAGCCUGGCAGCUGCAUUUGCCAUCUAGAACAGUGCUGGUGGCCACCCCGCAGCAGCAGCGCAGCUCCUGGAAUUAGGGGUGGAGGGGAGCUAGCUGUGAUCUGCUGAAACAGCUCAGCAAAAUUGAUUUUCACUGCUGUUCUUGAGGAGAGGACAAAAUGAGAAAAAGAAGGGGGGAAAAAAUAGCGCGGCCUUACAGAUGCUGUAACACCAAGAGAACCCCAGCAGCAUCCGCAGAGCUCUGAUUGUCGCCGCCAGGACAGCACCUCCUGCAGCUGUUUCCAGCCCUGUGUUCAUCCUCCCUUCCCAGCUGCAGAUCCUCCUGGUUCCUCUUCUUUGUCUCAGCGUUUAAAAACUGAGGUCGAUCUGAAGACACAUGGACAUCUCCAUUCAAUAGAUCUUUUCCAGGUCUCCUCCUGGUCUGUUUUUAUUUGCUAAGGAGACUUUCUGUUUUGUUGAGGUUGUGCUUUCACAUUUGGGUUCAAAGCUCCCACUUGUUGCAUCACUGGCAAACUUCCAGCUGUGGGAGAAGGAUUUGAACACUUUUGAAUAACUGAUUAUUGGCUUCCAUGUCUUGUGGUCCCUGCAGGAUCACUCCUGGAGGCAUAAUGUAUAUAAGAUGUUAAAUAAGCUGUGCAUCGAAUGCAGUGGACAAGUUAGUUAAGCAGCUCAAGUACACUUGGAAGAAAGAUGACCCUGACAUCAUUUCCAAGGAGAUUCAAUGGAAGUUGCUCACUUUCAGUAAAAAGAAUGAAAAUAAAUCUGUGUUUAAGUAGACUAGUAGAUGAAAUCUUCCACCCUCAUAUGCACGCACACAGUGAGGACAUUGCUUCUAUUCCUGGGCUGCAAAUCAUGUGUGUAAAUCUUGCCAAGCUGUUCAGGAUGAGGAUUGAGGAGGUUUAGACACCACUUGCCUGCAAAGAGCCAACCUGCCAGGGUGUCCAAAUGGUCUUUCCUAAAUGGGGGUGGUGGAAGAGGGAAAGUAAUGACAAAAUCCUGGACGAUGGCCCCUCCAAAGAAGCCUUAAGAUUCGAUUUGUGAGCUCUCCUGGCUCCUUGUAGGCACCAAUGGCUCCUGGCAUGGGAGGUUGGGUGUGGUGUGGGUUCAGGCAGCUGCCCUGGACUUGUUUUCUCCAAAAUCAGCAUCCAAAGCCUUGUGGUUAGGAUUGACGUGUAGUUGUGUAUUUGUAUAUUUGCAUGAGCAAAGGUCAGGAACUGUCAGACCCUGGUAGCUUGUUUUAUUUCUUAUAAUCAAAGAUAAGCUUAAGAAACAAAGUAUUUAGUUGAUUUGGUGACACUUGACAUUUAAGAAACCCUUGAACUUGUGCAAAAGAGGUACCCUGAGCUCCAUAUUUUAGUCACAAAAAAUUUCUUACGGUGUUAGCAGUAAGUUUGAGCCUAUGGGAAAGAUUGCUCAAGAGAGACUUGAAUAUAACCAGCACCAGCACCCACUGGAAAACUGCCAGAAUAUAACCAGCCCCACACCCUCCACCAGAUUGUGGCUCUUUUCUGCCAGCUCAAAAGAAAUGUGUACAUGGAAAAUGCUUCUCAAAAAAACAGGCAAAAAAAAAAUUUGUUUGUUUCUAUUAAAAAUAAACAGAAAAAGUCACAUUAUUUGUGUGGUUUUUUUCCAGUUGUCAUUGGGAAUUGGUGAUUUCAAUUCACCCAUGUCCUAAAACAAGAGCAGAAAUAGCUUGAGACACCAUUUCAACAGAAAACAGGGACAAGCUCAAAAUUUUGCAGGUUGAAAACUUUUAAGAAAACGAAUCACCCACCCAUCCCCAUCAAAGAUGGAAAACUUCAGUGACAGGGUUUGUGCCUGGAAAAAAGCCUGACCCUGCUGAUAGUGUUGGGCAAUUGAAUGGCAGACACAGCCUUUUUGUAUUGCUGAUGUGUCCUCAUUUGAAAUAAUCAGUAGAAGUGUCAGAAUUUAAUUACCACGAGUUCAAGAGUAAAGUAAAUUGAAGAUAAUUUUAAAGAGGCAGGUUUGGGAGGCUUGCUCCCUGAGGCUCUGCAGUGCACAGCAGAAUGGUGCUGCUCGCUUUUACCUUUGCAGCACAGGGAAAAGGUGGCAUAACUUGAGAAAUCAGAAGAAAUAAUGGGAAAAAUAAAGCUAAUUUAAAAAAAAAAAGAAAAAGUCAAACUCAGUGAUGCUAAGGAGCUGUGCACGUGCUGUGUGUGUGUGCAUUUGUGGGGGAAGGCUUCAGCCCUGUAGCACAGUGAGCACGAUACACACUGUUCCUAAAUGUACCUGCUUCUGCAGCUGAGAUGUUCGAAAGA